CCCGUGUGUCGACUCUGUAACCCCUCGGCGCUUAACGUAUCCGAGAUCGGUUGGCAGUGCCACUGGGGGACUAUUUAUUUAAUAACUAUUUGUGAUUUCAAACAGGUCAACAACAAUAUUGUAUGUCAGGAUGGAUGCUAGUGAUGACUCCUCGUUCUAUCUGUACGGUAUGGGCGAAAGGCCCGAGGCGCUUACCCUCGGGUCGUUGGUCCUGGAAAGAUACUGGGAACCACUGGUUGCAAGACAUUAUACCCACGAAAUACUGAGCCAGGAAGCACUCCAGGAGCAUGCCUAUGUCAGCAAUCUAUCCAACGUGGUCUUCCAUGGGCGCUCUCGCCUGACACCGGGCGUCAGCCUUAGCGGCGGGGAUAUCGUCGACCUCACUCUCGCCUGGAACAAGGACUCCGAGCGCAUCGUGGUAGCGAAAAAGGGAGCGCGAAUAAUCUUGAAAGAUCCUGAAGAAUUCCUGGUAACAUCUGUCCUGAGCAAUCCCAAGGCGCAGGAGAAGCUCAAACUAUGGCUUUCAGCCGCUCGGAGUGCCUACGUCCUGAACUUCAAGUUCGCGCGUCGGCCGAAGGUCUGGAUGCUGACUGGACUUUAUCUCCUCGAAGACACGCGUACAAUGGUUUCUCGCCAGAACUCCAGUAAGAUGUCCGCAGGGGUCUCGGGUUGGCUCGUCGGUGCGCUAUCAAGCGUACCCGUGGGUGGGUCUCUGAGUCUCGGAGAGGGCAACUCCUGGGAGAUGACUAUGGAGCUGACCGAGCAGCAUGUUUGGGCUGCUCAGUACCGCUUACUAGAUGCUCAUUUCAUCAAAGCGGGCAGGGAUGGGGUGGACGGUGUCAAGCUGCCACUUUCAAUGGGGUUGUAUCGUGAUGUCUUGUCCGUGAGCACCGUUAGAGGCGAAGGAACCGACGAAGUGGAAUUGCAAUUGGGGAAUGAGAAGCAGCCCCAUGACGAAUCGGUCCAAGAUGUGGAAGAUCAGGAUAGUGAGGAGCUAAAGGGGUAUGAGAAGCGAUUAGAGGAGGCCAUUUCUGUUUUUGAGAAGGCUCCGUCGCAUUUUUUGAAGUGACAUAUCGUAUCGUCAAAUGUUAGAUAUGAAGAUCUUCUGGACUUUCACCAUCGUUUUGAAAGUCUAGAUAAAG